UCAAGAGUUUAUCCGCCAUUAAGUCAUGUCUGAGAUGGUCGACCAAGGAACUGGAGAUUGUGAACCGAAGGCAACCGGAGGCGGAAGUGUCCGAAAUGUCACCUUCGUUGGACCCGCAGACAUGGGCAUUACCUUAUUGAUAUUGAUGUGCUUCGUUGACCCAUAUAUGAAAUAUGUACUGUAUGUAAAUGAGUGUGUAUUGAUAUUAAAGUCAAAAUCGUUUGUUUUCCAUACCAAAAUGUUUGCAAUUUCGAGGAGUUUCCGGUUAAGCAUUUACCUUUCGGGCUUCCGACGCAGCCUAAGCCAAUCCAGUCCUCCCGGGCCCCGCAUCCUGGCCGCAAUCGAUUUCGACAAGACCAUCGUGCAGGAGGACUCCUAUCUGGCAGUGAGCCAGUUGCUGCCCAUCGGCCAGAGCAAGGAGCUGCAGGACCAGAUCCCCAAGUGCGGCUGGCUGGGCUUCAUCGGCCGCGUGCUGCAGGUGCUGCACAGCGAGCACAAGGUGGACUCCGCGUCGGUGGGAAUGCGUGUGCGCCGCCUCCAGGCUGUGCCGGGGAUGCUGCGAGUGGUGCGGCUGCUGGCCAGGAACCCUGCGGUCGAUCUCUGCAUUGUCAGCGAUGCCAACUCCUUCUUCAUCGGCGAGUGGCUGCGAGAGUACGGCCUCGAGUGCCUCUUCACCGGCGUAUUCACCAAUCCCGCCUGCGUCCAGGCGAGCGGCGAGAUUCUGGUGCUGCCCUACCAGGAGCAGGCCGACUGCGAGCUGUGCCCCUCGAAUCUCUGCAAGGGCUCCGUGCUGGAGGAGCUUAUCUGCAGCGGACGUUACCGGCGGGUGGUCUACGUGGGCGACAGCUGCAACGAUCUGUGCGCCAUGAAGCGGCUCCGGGAGGAGGACGUGGCCUGCAUCAGGCGCGGAUACGAGCUGCACGGUAAGCUGGCCGCCCACGGACCGGAACUCGUCUGCUCCGUGCUGGCCUGGCGCGACGGCCACGAGCUGGAGCAGCUCCUGGUGCCCAAAGUCGUGGAUUAGUGUUUGUGUAAGGCCAGGUUAUUAAUGCUGCUGUUUUAUUCGACUUAAAAAUAAAUCUUUUAGUACAUAA